UUAUUUGUAUAUUGUUUCAAAAGGAGGGCAGCUGUGCUAAGAGUUGGCAAUAAUGGCUCCUUCAGUCUCCUCUAUUUUUGUUCUCUCUCUUUUACUUAUUGGUGUUUUCGUGCAAACCCACGCAAAGAACGAGCAAUCCGUUACAUUUUCUUAUGAGGGCUCGAGUGGGCCUGAACACUGGGGAAGCAUGAGCUCGAAAUUUGCAACUUGCUCCAAAGGGAAAUCACAGUCACCAAUAGACAUUGUGAAGGACGGCGCCGUGUUUGGCAAGCAUCUUCAAAAACUAGUCAGGAGAUACAGUACUGCUAAUGCUACACUUGUCAACAAUGGCUUUAACAUUGGGGUGGACUUUGGGGAGAAAACAGGUGGAGUAGCUGUCAUAGAUGAGAAAAACUACACCCUCAGACAAAUGCAUUGGCAUUCUCCUUCCGAACACCUCCUUAACGGCAAGCGAUUUGCUGCCGAGCUUCAUCUAAUCCAUAAAUCAGACGACGGCGGCCUCUCCGUCAUAGCAAUUCUCCUCCAAGACGGUGAUUCCGAUCCCCUACUCGAAAAGAUACAAGGCAAAUUGCGGGAGUUAACCAAAGAAAAAUGCGGCAGCAACGAAGAGGCUCACAUUGCACUAGGAGAACUAAACUUAAAGCACUUGAGGAAGAAGACUCGCAAAUACUACAGAUACAUCGGCUCUUUCACAGUUCCUCCCUGCACCGAGAACGUCGUAUGGACCAUUCUCGGCAAGGUGAGGACGAUUUCGAAGAAGCAAGUAGAAGCACUGAAGGCGCCCUUGGAACCACCGUAUAAGAAAAACGCCCGACCGGCGCAGCCGCUCAAUGGCCGAAAGAUUGAGAUCUACGACGAGCUCAGCGAGUACUGAAAACCUUUUCUCUCUCGCGCGCUUUUGCUUUGCCGCUCAAUGAACAAUCGGUUUAAGCAAUGGAGAACUGUUUGGCUUGCGAAAGAAGUUCCCCAUUACCAUAUAAAAACUUCAAAAUGCAAAAAUACCAUUCUAUCCUUUCUACUUGUAAGCUUCCGUGAAUUGAUUGAAUUGUAAUUGGUCAUUUCAGAGUUUAAUUUAGUUAUAAUAUAAAUGUCAUAUUAUUUCCUUAGCUUAGGAAAUUAGUAAUGAAUCCAAGUUGCGCCUAAUUAUGAACGGCUCGAUUUAAUCCUUGAAGUAAUAAUAAUGGUUUGGGAUAGUUGUUGACGUGGCA